CCACCCACCCCACCCCCCCUACGACAUAAGUAAAUCCCAAGUCUAUUACUUUCUAUCUAUCUACCAAUCGUGAUUAACAGACGACAACCGUGAAUACACUCAACCAAAAUGGUUAAAGUCCUCAUCCUCGCGGCCACCGGCAAACAAGGCAGCGCGGCGGCCCGCGCGCUCCUCUCCUCCAAAGACCACCAGCACACGGUGCGCAUCCUGGUGCGCAACCCCUCGUCGCCCGCCGCGCAGGCCCUCGCCGCGCGGGGCGCCGAGGUCGUGGUGGGCGGGGACUGGGCGGCGGACGCGGCGGCGCUGGACCGGGCGUUCGCGGGCGGCAUUGAGGCGGUCUUCUUCCCGUCGAUCCCGUCGUUCACCGACGCCGACGCCGAGCUGCGGGGCGCGGCCAACGUCGUCGAGGCCGCGCGGAGGGCCGGCUCCGUCAGGCACGUGCUGUACAGCAGCGUCGGGGGCAUCGACAGGUACGAGACGUUCAAGGGGUGGGAUUCUACGCCGCUUUUUGCGAAUUAUUGGGUUUCCAAGGCCAAGACCGAAGAUCUCGUCAGAAACGCCGGCUUCGAACACUACACGCUCCUGCGCCCGUCCGAGUUCAUGACCAAUUACACCAGCAAAAUGGCGCUGUUCCAGGUCCCCAGCCUCGUCAAAGAAGGCAUCUACCGCACCGCGCUCCCCAGCACCUUCCUUCUCAACGAGAUCGACGUCGACGACAUCGGACGCGUGGUCGCGGGCGCCAUCGCCUCGCCGGCGACCUUCGCCGCGGGCCGGCGCGAGCUGGACGUCACGGGCGAGGUGCUGACGCUCGGCGAGCUGGUCGCGCAGCUGGGCGCGGCCGCGGGCAAGCACCUGACGGUGCGGACGUUCACGCGCGAGGAGGCCGAGGAGGCGCUCAAGACGAACCCCGUCGUCGCCGGCCACCUCAUGAUGCUGGAUUCCGAGUGGGCGAACCCGGCGCCGGACGAUUUCGGCCUCGGGUUCAGGACGUUUAGGCAGCAUCUUGAGGAGCAUCGGGAUGAGGUGAGGGAGUUGUAUAAGGAGGCUCCGUAGGCUUUCUCUCUCUCUCUCUUUUUCUCUGCUUGAUGAUGGUAUGAGGGAGGUAUGUAUGUAUCGUGGCCGAGAGGUACAGUAGGCAUAUACAUGGUGGUUUUAUCUUACCUUACCUUACCUUAGGUACCUAGGCCGGUAAAUAACAAUAGGUAUUCACGUGCUGCUAACUUCUAAGGAGGAGGGGGCUCGGAAAAAAAAGAAUUGUGAUGCGUAAUAGGGGU